CGAGCUGCGGCGGCGGGGGCCUCGUGUUUACUCGCGGAUUCCUUUCCAAAUGCCAAACGGGAAGGAACAGCAGCAGGAGCAGGACGGCCGCGACAACUUCUCCCAAUGUUUCCGUCCAAGAACAUUGAGUAUUUGGGGAAAAGUUACAGAAUGUGUUGAGAUGAAAUGUGGAGCUGAGGGUAAUUUGCGAUGAUUAUGUUAUGACGCACCCAGAGUGAAGGCCAUGAGCGCAGAGGAGGAGCCCGAGUAUCAGACACCACCCACCUGCGAUCUGCUCGAGCUUCUGCUGACGAACAGACGCCCCACUGGAGCUGUCAACGAGGUUUGGCCCAACCUCUACAUCGGAGACGCGGCUACGGCUCAGGAUAAGAGCCUGUUAGCGGAUGUGGGAAUAACACACGUAGUGAACGCUGCAGACGGCCCCCAGCACAUUGACACGGGGCCAUGUUUCUACAAAGGCACCGGCAUACUGUAUCAUGGAGUAGAAGCAGCAGACUGUAAAGAUUUCGACUUGUACCCAUUCUUCACGGAGGCGUCUGAUUUCAUUCACGGCGCUCUGAGGCAGGGAGGUAAGGUGCUCGUCCACUGUGCUCGAGGAAUCAGCCGCUCUGCCACUCUUGCGUUGGCCUUCCUCAUGAUCAGAGAGAGACUCACCCUGGUUGAGGCCGUGAAGGUUGUUCGCAGGCACAGAAACAUUCUUCCCAACCUUGGGUUUCUGAACCAGCUCCGUCGCCUGGACUCAUCCUUGGCUCUGCAGAGGAGAACAGCAUGAUGCUGAGGAUAAGAGUCAUGGGAGAGAGACUUUCCUCUAAUGUGGAUGUUUUGAAUGUUAAAGGAUCAGACCAGAUUUGGAUGUUUCCAUUUAUAUCUGCAUAUAUUUAAAGUCAGUUGCAAACUCAUGAAACUUG